GGGGGGGCAUAAGGCGGGGGGAAUCGCGAGCUCAGCAGCUCGAGCGCUGCGCGCGCAGCUCGCCUGUCACACGGCUCCGCUCUCCUGCUUCAUUUCGGUAGCGUGUGGGGGAAGAGAUAAAAGAGGGUAUCGCGCGCCUGUCAGCUAUUCUGUCGGGAGACAUUUAAAUUAAUUGAUUAAUAAAUUAAUUCAUAAAAAAAAACAAAAAAAAUCCGCCUCGCGCCCUGUGUAUGAACCGUCCGGGCGCGCGCUCGGCUUCAGGAUAACGGAGCCUGUUCUGAACGUCGACGGUCUCCGUGGGUCUGCGGGGAGAAAGCGGAGCGCGCGGUGACGGAAGGAUCCCGAAAUAAUGCGUGAUUACGCGUAAGACUCUCCAGCCGAGGCUUGGCAUCUCCGUGGUUCGCGUCCUCGACGGCUUUCCUGGAAGGGUUGGUCACCAGAAAUCUCUCCAAAAUAUGGAAAUAUUGGUAUGAAGUUUUAUGCCAACGGUACCUGAAGGAGGCUGAAAAAAAAGAAAAAAAAAAAGAGGUGAUGGACCACCCGUAUAAAGACCCAGCAGAGAUGGCAAACCCUCAGGAAGUCUGCAAUAGCACAGGUGGAGGAGUUGACAACAUUGGCAAACUUGAGAGCGAGACCAGUCCAGUAAUCCCCAAUGAGACAUGGAAUGUUAGUUCUCCUACCAUCUCGAAGAGGUCUGUCUCUCCACUGUUGACUAUACAGACAGCUCCCGUUGUUGCCCCCAAUACAGAAUCUCCUGGAGGGGUUUCUCUUAAAGUGGCAACCACAGUUCUUCAGCCCAUCUGUUUAGGCGAGAGUCCAGUUGUGCUACCAAUCUUAGCAGGUACAGCAGCUGCUCAAGUUGGGCAGGCUGGUACAACGCCAUACUUGAUGACCAGCCAAGGUCCCCUGUCCCUACCCCUGGUUUUAGAGCAGCAGGUCCUGCAGCACCUGAACCCACAGCUCCUUCAGCAGACUGCCACUUUCCCAGCACUCUCACUACAGAACAACAUAUUGUGCCAGAACCCUUCAGUCGCUCUUGGGCCUCCAUCUUCUCUGGACCAGAAAGGUAUUGGUCCAGUCCUAGAUGCCAGUCUGCUUACUCUUCUCCAGAACCCAAAUUUUGCAGGCAUCUUGCAGGAUCUUUUUCCUAGCCAAGGUAAUACCUCUCCUACUUGCCACCCAGCGACUUCCCCACAAGUAGACCCUUUUUCGUCUGCUUUUCUCCCCCCUCCACCACUAACACACCCAUAUAGCUCUCCACUUGCCCCACUAGUGCCUCCAGCCACUUUGCUAGUCCCGUAUCCAGUUGUCAUUCCCCUGCCAGUUCCACUUCCAAUCCCAAUUCCCAUUCCAGUCCCAGUCUCGACUUGUAAGGAUACUAGGGUGGACAGCGAACCCUCUAAACCUGCACGCAUGUCAAGUAAGAGCACUCAGACUUCCGCUCAUGAUUUCUGUCCUCCUGUAGUGACGCCCAUCAAGGACAUGGCAGUUCAACAAUCACCCCUUUACUCUAGUUUAUCCCCAAUGGUGACAGAUGGGGAGGUGCUAGACUUGUCUGUCAGGGCCCCUCAAUCUCAACCACUGUACAGUGGCACUUCACAGAACAUCCAACCUGUUCAGCAAGACAGUGUACUUGAUCUGUCAGUAACCAGUGAUAGAAAGACAUGCAUUCAGUCAUGUAGUGUCUAUGGGCCACCACCACCUGACAGAGAGAGAACCUGCAUCUCUGGAGAGGAUGUCUGUAAUGGUGCUUUGGCUCUGGGGGUGUUGCGACCGGUAGAUUGCACUCCCAAACUGGACUCCAAACUGCUCAGUGGUUUAGCGUCUCUAGAGUUUAGUCGGCAGCACAAGUGGGUGGUAGACAGCGGCAGCAGUGGCUCAGUCACCAGUACAGUACAUGACGGUGCCCUUGGAAGCAGUGGCAACAUUGAAAUCGUUAGCACUUCACAGACAGCCAAGGUUAUUGUAUCCGUGAAGGACGCUAUGCCUGCAAUCUUUUGUGGCAAACUCAAAGGUCUGUCAGGCGUCUCCACAAAGAAUUUUUCUAUUAAGUGUGACGCCAGUCAAGGGGCUUAUGCUGCCCUGCCUAGAUCACAAGGAGAGCAGCGGGGAGACCCCAAUGACACACUUAAAAAAAUCCCCAAAAACCGAGCGAUUAAACUGAAGAAGGUCAGCUCCCAGGAGAUCCACAUUCUACCAUUAAAGAAGCAGCGUCUGGCUGCCUUUCUGCCCAGGAAAUAGCAAGCACUCUGAUGUUGAUGAAGCAAAGGGAUGCCUGUUGGAUGGAGGCUGAAUGACUGAAAUACAGUGGAUUCAAAAGCUAGAAGGAAGAAGGGAGAGAGGGAGCGCAAGGAAUUAGGGUUCGUUGAUGUUAAAUGCAUUUCUGGCAGAAACGAGGCUUAGACACUGUCUAAGCUGUCCAGAAAUAUUUAGGGGAAAGCUGUCUGCUUUGCCUGGUUGGCAUUUGAUCCAUUCAUUAUAAAGUGAUCAUAGAGAUUGUAUAAGUGGCUAAGUCCACAAGAAAUAAAAUACACAAAGAGCUGAAAAUGAUAGACUCCCAACACUACUGAGCAAAUCACUCGCUUUCUCCGCAUUUAAUUUCCCCCAAAUCUGCCCCUCUGCUAUGCAUUUUGAUUUCGCUCACACAUCCCGAUGAAUUAUUCAUGAAUUCUCUAAUCUAAACGUCCAUUAAUAUGCAUAAGCUCAGUUUAGAGACUGUGCCAGCUGCCAGAGUGAAAUCAGUUCUGUAUUCCUCAUACAAACACAAUGUGACCGAUUUAAAUUCGUCUCUGUCUGUUCCACCUCAUACCAAACGCUGUUUACUGUAAGUUCAUGGCCAAGUACAGGACAUUCCCCAGGUUUCCGUUUCCAAAACGAACUUUGUCCGAAAAGAUUUCCGGAUUCACUCGGGGUACUGCGCAACCUCCGUGCAUUGCCCCGUUAACCGAUAAUCACUGUAUUAAUCAGUGGAUUGGCUAAGCAGGACAUCUGCUUUUAAUGGGGGGAGGACUAGCGGUUAGCACAGCGAGCUAAUAAUGACUUGCCAAAGCGAAAAGUCCCUUUUUCAUUAAGUUUGACGAUCGGCAGAAAUGGUCGUCAGUGGCAACAAAGCGCGGUUUUCAUCUUUGUUUCUGGGGGAGGGUGAGCAAGGGGGUAGGGAAACACACACACACACACACACACUUCCCACCCAUCUCAAUUAGAACAAAAUAAUCACCAGGGGCUUGCACACAAGACAGUAAAUGCAAUUUAAAGAGGGUUAUUAAUGAUCUUUGUACUGACUUUUUUUUUUUUUGUUAUUCCUUUUCGAAACGAUUUUAUGAACCCUUAUAACCGCAGUCCUGCAUUCAUCAUUACAGGCUUAACUGGUAUUAUUAUCUAAACUUGUUUGUUAUUACAACUUCUAAAACUUGGAGGCGUACUUAUUGCGCCAUUAGCUUUUAGUUUUGUUGUAAAGAACCCCUAUGAAGAUGACAACCAGUAAAUCAAGUUGUUUUGUGUUUUAUAUUGCGCUCCCCCUCCGUUGCAUCCGGCCUUGUGUGUGUGUGUGUGUGUGUGUGUGGAACAACUUUAAGGUAGUCUCUCUGAGUUUUUUAGAUCGGAAGACAUAAAACAUAUAUGAUUUUAGCCCUCUCUCAGGUCUCACGGUCACAGCAACACCUUCAUACCUGACCACUUGGUGAUCGCAGCCCCUUCUCCUAAUCAUAUCUGUAUUUAUAUCUGUUUAGAACACUUUAUUAAUUCAUUUCAACGUAUUUGUGUUUGGUUGCAUAUGCAUAGUAGGACAUGUGUUGUUCCAACUGUGGUUCGGUUGUCAGUACUCUUACUGGAGUUGUGUGUGGUGACGACGAGGAGGGCGUUGCUGCUCUAAAAUUCACUGUGUUAAUUCACCCUUAGUGGCUAAUCUUCAUCCACAUCCACCUCACUGUUUCCCAGUAUACACUGCAUUGCACAUUUUAGUGCUUUCCUGCUCUAACACACACAAUUUAACCUUGCAAAGGGCUUGAUUUACGUGUUGAUGUGUUGAGUCAGGUGUGUGUGUGUGUGUGUGUGAGAUCAGCGAAACCUUAAUCUGUCUAAAGACAGAAUUGAUGUCUAAAGCAGCAUUGGGAAACCCUGCCUUAACGCAAGCAUGGUUACUUUUUAUUUAUGUUUGAACAAGCCGAAAGGAAUGAAGGAUUUUUU